AUGGCAAAAGAGCUUGAAUUUGGAAGUAUUAAACCGUUUGAUUCGUCAGGAGACCCGACCAGCGUAGCUCCUCGGUGGAAAAGAUGGAAAAGGUCUUUCGAAUAUUUCAUCGUAGGUAAAGGGGUGAAAGAUGACGAUCAAAAGCAAGCUUUGCUUCCACACUGUGCUGGAGAAUCUGUGCAGACCAUUUUUGAGGGAUUAGAUGAUCUUGAAGUUGGCGAAGGUGAGACAAAAUACAAGAAAACAAUGAAGGUACUUGACGACUACUUUACUCCUAAAGCAAACAUUCCAUAUGAAAGACACCUAUUUAGAAACAUUAAGCAAGAAAUAUCGGAAACCAUCGACCAGUUCGUAUCAAGAUUGAGAAUCCAAGCACUGAACUGCGAUUUUGGAGACGCCAUAGAUGAAAAUAUAAGAGAUCAAAUUAUUGACAAAUGCAAUUCUCCCCAACUGAGGACAAAGUUGCUUGCAAAAGGAACUGACCUAGAGUUGAAGGAGACUCAAGACAUGGCUAGAGCUAUGGAGACAGCUCAAGUACAGGCCAGAAAGAUCGAACAAGACUUUAAAGGUGAGGUCAAUGUUGUUAAUACAAGAGACGAGAGAAAACAGAAGAGACCUAGUGGAAGACCAUCAAAAAUGGUAUAUUACCGUUGUGGGAAAGAGGGCCAUCUUAGCCAUGAUUUGAAAUGCCCAGCACGGAAUGCAACCUGUAAUAAGUGUAAAAAAGUUGGUCAUUUUGGAAAGGUCUGCAAAACCAAAACCCUAAAUCAACAGCAGCAGCAAAAACCUGAAGUAAAAAGAAGGAAUGGUGAAAAAUUGAAUGAAGUUGAGAAAAGGGAGUACAAUUUUAGCAUCAAUCUGUGGGAUAAUGAACACUUUGGCGGAAAUAUCAUUACUGCUAUAAUCGGUGGAGUCAAGGUGGAUAGAGUCCUGGUGGAUUCAGGUGCUACUUGCAAUAUCAUCGACAAGGAAACAUGGGAAUACUUAAAGAAGAACAGAGUAGUUUGCACAAGCAAUAAAUCACAGAAGUCACUAUAUCCCUAUGGUUCUAAAACACCUCUGAAAGUCCUAGGAGAGUUCAAGUCAAUUGUAAGUGUCAAUAAUGUUGAGAAAGAGACAGAUUUUGUUGUUGUUGAUACAGAGGGGAGACCAAUCCUGGGUUGUAGGACAAGUGAAGAUCUGGGUGUGUUGAAAAUCAAUACAGUUAAUGCAAUGACAGUAGAUGACAUAGUCAGAGAGUUCCCAGAAUGUUUUAAAGGGGUUGGGAAACUUAACAAUUAUCAAGCCAAGAUACAUGUGGACCCAAAUGUUAAACCAGUGGCACAACAGUACCGGAGACUUCCCUUCAGUAUGAGAGAGAAAGUUGAAGUCAAGUUGGAAGAGUUAGUUAACAUGGAUAUCAUAGAGGAAGUACAAGGUCCUACUCCCUGGGUAAGCCCUAUUGUAGUGGUUCCCAAAGCAGAUGGGGACAUACGAUUACGUGUCGAUAUGAGACAGGCAAAUACGGCUAUAAUCAGGGAGAGGUACCCCAUACCAACUAUUGAUGAAGUCUUGGAGCGCCUAAAUGAGAGCACACUGUUUACAAAGUUAGACCUAAAGUGGGGGUUUCACCAGAUCGAAUUGGAGGCAGAGCCAAGGAAGAUCACCACUUUUGCCACACACAAAGGGUUAUUCCAGUACAAAAGGUUAAUGUUUGGCAUUAGUUCAGCCCCAGAAAUGUAUCAGCACAUAAUCCAACAAGUUCUAGCAGGGUGUGAUGGUGCAUCAAAUAUUGCAGAUGACAUUGGAUUAUGUAUAUAUUGUACACGGUAA